CGAUUGGAAGAACAGCGAUCGGAAAGGAUUGACAAAACCGGACGAACCAGAACCGACGAUGAACCAGCACGGGAUAAAAGCAACAGACGGAAAAGAAAGACGGGGGGAGGAAUGCGGAUGAUCGAUGGGGACGAGGGAGGGUGUUGGAGUAAGCCAGAAGCAACGUGGUUGGAAGGAAAGGGGAGCUUGGGCCUAGCCGCACACCUGACUUGCUUUGUGGGGGGCCUAUACUAUCUCUUAUUACUAUCGACUACUAUCGACAAUUCGACAUCGACACCAUCAAACAUUACAACGUCAAGUGAAUUCGUCAGUCCCAUACAUUCUCUAGUUCUGCUUUUCCCAGCGUCAAAACAUCCCGCAUCGUGUUGGUCCUCCAGGAACGCAACGUCAACAGUCAUGCUUCCUCUCAAUCAAUCAAUCAAUCAAUCUGGUCGCUUCAUUUUGACCUGGUACUUCCACGUCCUAGAUUGCAAUAUUACGAGAUAAUAAUUUACGCAGCAAUGCCGAUGACACCUGGAAAGACCUCAUUAGCAUCCUUGUUGUCUCUCUCACCACAGGGACCUUCCGAGGAUCACACUUACCGCAAGCAGGGCGGGUACCAGCGUUGCCGGUCUUCUUGGACUCCUCGUUGCCACCACGGCCAAGGUCGUCAGUGCCGGAGUGAACGACCAGGGUGCGCUGUUCAACGUUAGCUCGUCAGGAAUCUACAUGCAGUGUCCGAAGACCCAA